GCGCAGGGAAGGAUCCGUUUUGGCGGGCGGUUGGCGUUGCGCAGAAGGCGGCGGCAGCGGUGGCUUGUGGUUCGGCCCCACCACACAGGAACAGGGCAGACGUUAGUGUGAGUGAUCACUCUCGAUCCCGGGAACCCGUGGCCUUAGUCCUUCAGGUGGAAUAGUGUGCGACAUGGGAAAGAAAACCAAGAGGACAGCUGACAGUUCUUCUUCAGAGGAUGAGGAGGAAUAUGUUGUGGAGAAGGUGUUAGACAGGCGUGUGGUUAAGGGGCAAGUGGAGUAUCUGCUGAAGUGGAAAGGCUUUUCUGAGGAGCACAAUACUUGGGAACCAGAGAAAAAUUUGGAUUGUCCUGAGCUAAUUUCUGAGUUUAUGAAAAAGUAUAAGAAGAUGAAGGAGGGUGAGAAUAACAAACCCAGGGAGAAGUCAGAAAGUAACAAGAGGAAAUCCAAUUUUUCAAACAGUGCUGAUGAUAUCAAAUCCAAAAAAAAGAGAGAGCAGAGCAAUGAUAUUGCUCGGGGCUUUGAGAGAGGACUGGAACCAGAAAAGAUCAUUGGGGCGACAGAUUCCUGUGGUGAUUUAAUGUUCCUAAUGAAAUGGAAAGACACAGAUGAAGCCGACUUGGUUCUUGCAAAAGAAGCUAAUGUGAAAUGUCCACAAAUUGUGAUAGCAUUUUAUGAAGAGAGACUGACGUGGCAUGCAUAUCCUGAGGAUGCGGAAAACAAAGAGAAAGAAACCUCAAAGAGCUAAAGGACGGGUGGUCUCUGUCAUUUCUCUUUGUACAUAAUACAUUCGCCUCCCUGCCUUUCCCUUCUGCCCACCCUCUUCUAUCCUAAACACAUCCAUAAAAAAAUGUGCUUAUCACUGUGCUCCACAGGAGAAAUGUUGGUAUUGGUUCUCUUGUAACAUAACUGAUGGUCUGAUUCAUGAUAAGUGUCUUUCUGUGAAGACCAGGCAUUUACAUACUGUGUGUAAUUCCCAUUGCCCUUAUCUCUUCCUUCUGCUCCCCUGUGACCUCAAGAUAAGUUUUAACUUUUUAAUCACCUUAAGAGUCUUGAUCUUUUCAGGGUUGGUUGCUUUUUAGAUCGGGGGAUUUUAUUACAAUGAUGAUGAAUUUUG